AUGCUCACCAAAGCUAACCCAGCCCACCUGGACAACCCAGCCCACCUAGACAACCGAGCUGCCAACCAAGCCCACCCAGUCAACCCAGCUGCCCGCCAAGCCCCCACAGACAACCCAGCUCACCUAGACAACCCAGCCCACCUGGACAACCCAGCCCACCCAGUCAACCCAGCAGCCCACCAAGCCCACCCAGACAACAAAGCUCACCCAGCCCACCCAGACAACCCAGCUCACCUAGACAACCAAGCCCACCCAGACAACCCAGCCCACCCAGUCAACCCAGCUGCCCACCAAGCCCACCCAGCUCACCUAGACAACCCAGCCCACCCAGACAGCCCAGCUCACCCAGCCCACCUAGACAACCCAGCCCACCCAGUCAACCCAGCAGCCCACCAAGCCCACCGUGACAACACAGCUCACCCAGCCCACCCAGACAACCAAGCCCACCUAGACAACCCAGCCCACCCAGACAACCCAGCCCACCUAGACAACCAAGCCCACCCAGUCAACCUAGCUGCCCACCAAGCCAACCCAGACAACUCAGCUCACCCAGCCCACCCAGACAACCAAGCCCACCCAGACAACCCAGCCCACCCAGACAACCCAGCCCACCUAGACAAACUAGCCCACCUAGACAACCCAGCCCACCUAGACAACCCAGCUGCCCACCAAGCCCCCCCAGACAUUCCAGCUCACCCAGCCCACCCAGACAACCCAGCCCACCUAGACAACCCAGCCCACCCAGUCAACCCAGCUGCCCACCAAGCCCACCCAGACAACCCAGCUCACCCAGCCCACCCAGACAACCAAGCCCACCCAGACAACCCAGCCCACCCAGACAACCCAGCCAACCUAGACAAACUAGCCCACCUAGACAACCCAGCCCAUCUAGACAACCCAUCUAGACAACACCAAGCCCACCCAGACAUUCCAGCUCACCCAGCCCACCCAGACAAACUAGCCCACCUAGACAACCCAGCCCAUCUAGACAACCCAUCUAGACAACACCAAGCCCACCAAGCCCACCCAGACAUUCCAGCUCACCCAGCCCACCCAGACAACCAAGCCCACCCAGACAACCCAGCUCACCCAGACAACCCAGACAACCCAAGCCCUUACGAAGCCCUACCAGCUCACCAAGGCCACCAACACCACCAGAUCAAGGCAAGAAGCGAGAAGAACUGCAACAGUCACGCUGUGAAGGACCCUUUACACAGGGCUGCGACCUGUGUGCCACCUUUGAGCGAUCAUAAACUGGCCAGGACGCUCAAUGGUCGCCUAAACCCAGAAAAUCAUGUUUCUAUGUAA